AUGGUGGAAAAGCAUUCAUUGAUGAAGAUUGAAGACCCAACAUAUUCCUGCAAGUUAACUAAGAAACCGUUGAUCCUCCUUCGAGGCCCCCCUUAUUCCUUUUCUGAUAAUUCCGAUACCUUCAAAUGCGGUUUAUGCGAUAAUUGCGUCUUGUCUGGAUUUUCCUACGGGUGGAAAGACGUUCAUAGAUGUUUCAUUUGCUCAUCUUCUUCCUCUUCUUAUGCUCAUGAUCAUCAUCUCAACUGCCUAACUAGAUCCAAAUUUGUCUUAGAAAAGAAACUUAUUGAGGUCAAAGACGAUGAUUCGAGCCAGAGUAGAGACGACUUGAUUCGCUUGCCGGUUCCUGACUUUGACUCGAUUAAUCUGAUUUUGACUCGACUCGUCCAACAGUUCUGCCGGCACGGUUCGGAUGUAAGAGAUGGUCGUCGCCAUCCCUGGAAAAUCGAUUAUAAUGAGAAUGAAAAAGAAGACAACAAAAAUAUUAACAAAUUUUGCCAGGCGUGUACGCUGCCCAUAUUAGCCACACCCUAUUACUACAGCGACGAAUCAACGUUGUGUGACUUUUACCUACACAAAUGGUGUGCCGAUUUACCGGAGGAGCUGAAAGAGCAUCCCAGCCACCCGAACCACCUUCUAAACCUCUUCAUGUCGACGACACCAAAGGACUUGUCUGAGUUUGGUGUCUUAGUCUGUAACGGCUGCAACUUUCCUAUUAACGGGUACGGGUAUAAAUGCACGGAAUGCUCCUCUGAUUACAGCCUCUGCAUUAGAUGCGCAUCCCUUCCAAGCUCUAUCCUACACGAAGCGCACAAACACCCUCUUGUUCUAAAUAGUGGAUCUAAGGACGUAAAGUGCGCCGCUUGUUGUAGCGACGUUUAUAGCUCCGAAUUAGCGACGUUUACUUGUGACGAAUGCGGUUUCGGGAUACAUGGAACUUGCGCUUUGUUGCCACGAACAAUCAAGCACCGGUAUGAUGAACGUCAUCCAUUCGUAUUGCUCUACCCGACUUUAAAGUCUGUAAAAGAUGAAGAUAUCGAUCCGAGUUCGCAACCAUUCUGUGAAAUCUGCGAGAGGGACGUGAAUUAUGCAAAAGCAAAUGAUCAAGGGUGGUUAUAUCAUUGCGAGGAUUGUGACAUGUUUGGUUGCGUUGAAUGUUUCGCCAUGGAUAUGAACUUUUUGUCCAUGAUAAAACCUGGCUGUGGUGAUGGAAUCAAUAAUAGUUAA